AUGGACGAUAAAGUAUUUACAAAGGAAUUAGACCAGUGGGUCGAGCAACUGAAUGAAUGCAAGCAACUGUCGGAGAAUCAAGUGCGAACGCUAUGCGAAAAGGUAAGAACACCCGACUGAAGACAUGUUAGCUAGCGAUGUUAUCUCUAAGUUACUUUUAGUUAGCUUCUCACCGGUAACAUGUUCACGUGAAGGCCGCUUAAAUCUGCUUAGCUAGUAUCGUCGACGACUCUAUAAAAACCAAUGUUUCAUCUACAUUGCUUGGUGGUUAGUUAACUAGGCUAAUACACCAUUUUUGUGUCGGAAGUCUUAAGAUCCAUUUCCACAUUUCGUUAUUCGCUAAUGUGACGUCUUGUCUAACGUUACCUAACUAUUAACUGGUACCAUAACAAGCUAGUUGGCUGGCUAACUAAUAACUUUAAGGACUUGGGCAACAGAAGUUGUUAUCUAACUAGCUAACUUCUCAACAACAUAGCUAUCUAGGUACAUAAUUGAAUUGCCAAUGUUGUUAUAGAAAACUAACUAUUGAUGCCAAUAAUGUUGCCACAUGCUAACGUAACUAGCUAGCUAACUAGCAGCGGUAACGUUAGCUAUGUACUAACAUUAUCGUUAGCUAACGUAGCGUCUACCACCAACAACCAACCAGUGUGUAUCUCCGCUUAUUGACGUAGUUAGCUAGCUACGUUUUUUGCAACUAGUGUCUGGAAAUGCAUAGUUAGUUAUUUGGAUCUAAUUGAAGCAAAUAUCACUGCCUGGUAAAUUAGGUAGCUAGAGAACGCUAGACGGAUGACAGAUUGUAUCACUAGCCAACCAACAAACUAGAACUAGCUAGGUACGACUUUCAAUACUAAAAACAUGACGUUAACUACAAACUUCAGCUUAUACAUGUCAAUGGCUCUUUCAUAGGUUUGAUAGACCACCGAGUAGUUACUCAAAUGUAAAAAAUAUCUAAUUUAGGGAUGGACAAUUGGCGGACCCCCUUUUGAAGAUCCUCGGCUCAAUUCCCUCCAAUUUACGGUUGUAAAUUAGAAAAAGUAGAAUACACAAGGUGCAUUUUGUUUGUGCAUCAGCAGUUUUUUUCUUGUUAUGCCAGUCACUGAUAGUCACUCGAUUAGCUAAUGUCAGCGAAAAAAAUGUAGAUUGGUAAAUUAGUCUAGCAGCCAGCUAUCUAAAUUUAGUAAUCAUGGUCGAAUCACUCAGAUACCAUCCUAUGUAAAAAUGUGGAGAAUGGCAGGAAAUUAGCUGCAAAACAUUCUCUCCGCCCCAUGGCAAAAUGUGUAGAAUUGCAGCAAACGUCCUUUAAAACUGCAAAAUGUUCUCUAUGCCUCAAGGCAAAAUGUGUAGAAUUGCACGAAAUUAACUGUACAGUGUAAAUGUUCUCUCCUGUCAAGAGGGGGACUGCACAUGUGGGUAUGCAGACCCGCAAGCAACUCCGGCCUCUCAGGAGUUCGGAUUGUUUGUGAUCCCCACCCCAUCAGUUUCCCAUCCCUGAUGGAACUGGCUUGCUAUCUUCGACUAUCCCCACAUGAUGAUGUUGCAAGAUAUGCAGGCCUUGAGGAAAUUGUAGAUUCCAUUUAGGAUGGAACCAUUUGAGAUCACAAUCACAACAAUUAUAUUUUUCCUCACACAGUGCAGAACAUCAGUAUGGCUGAUUGAAAAAAAUAACAUCUCACUGUUUCGUUGGAGAACCUUUUGCACCAAACAAAUGUGAAUUGCAGACCAUAAAAUAAUUUACCUCUUUGAGGAACCAUACUUUGCAUUGUAUAGUUGAAAUACAGUAUGUGCAACAAGCUAAAUUCAAUGAAUUUAAUGUACCACCCAACCAGUCCAUUUUCAUUGGUCAUUCAUAUUCAUGUCGAGAUGAUGUCAUGACACAUGCAUGUGGAUGUUUUCUUUAGCAAUAGGGCAAGUUUUGCUGAUGAAUUUACAUUGUCACCUUCACAUUAAAGAUGGAUAGGGCUAUGCUGCAGAGAAGACUCCAUGGAGACACACUCGCAUUGUCUCCAUGGUGAUAAUGGGGCAGCUUUCACAGCAAAUGGUGUUUCGGGCCGGGGAAGCUACGACACCCUUCCAGUCAAAUAAAUUAAUAUAGAACUCAUGCUUGCAGCAUGUGAGGCAGCUUUCCUAUCUAGUGUUUUGUUGUAGCGUACAUAGUUUAAAGAAAACGUACGAUACUUGUCUUUCAUUCACCCUCAUGAGUAAACGUUUAAAUGUGGAUACACCAGUCACUGAUGUUUUCUGUAAUGCACUUAUUUUGUUCCCCUCUCCAGGCUAAAGAGAUCCUGACCAAGGAGUCCAACGUGCAGGAGGUGCGCUGUCCCGUCACGGUGUGCGGAGAUGUGCACGGCCAGUUCCACGACCUCAUGGAGCUGUUCAGAAUCGGGGGCAAGUCGCCCGACACCAACUACCUGUUCAUGGGGGACUAUGUAGACAGAGGCUACUACUCAGUGGAAACAGUCUCGCUGCUCGUCGCACUUAAGGCAAGUCAACUCUGAACUUGAUGAGUGGGCUGAAACCACAGUAUUUCAGUUACUGGUAUAACGUCUGCCUUGCCAUAAUAAAAGACUGAAAAAGGGAUGGGACCCAGAUAAAUAAAUCUACAGUAUUUUACCUACAGUAUAUUUUUUGACCAGCACCAGUUUUUCUUAAAACCAGGGACAUAUCAUUCUCGUAUGCUCAAUAUAUUUUGAAACCCCCAACUGUGCCCUGAAGAAAGUCAAAGACUAAUCAAGUUUUACUACCUCAGAGAAUGUAGGCUAGCUCUUGAAGUGUGUGGGAGCUGGUGGUAUUCAGGAGUCAAUGUAUGCAAGCUGGAGAUAAUAUGCAAACUGAAGUAGUCCGCCAAAGUGUGUUUUUUUUUUUGUAGACUCAAUGGAUUCCUGGGCUCAGCUGGUAAUGCUGACAAGCUGGAAACGGGACAGUUUACUGUCAUACCAAUGUGUCACUCCCCUCACGGCUGUUAACAUAGUGGGUCGAAUUGGACUCAUUGAGCUCAUCUCAAAUUAACGAGGUCAUCUGUGACGUUCGAGGUCUCUGUGGGACAGUUCAUCUAAGGACAACAGAUGUAUAACUAUUGGGAUAACUUAUUAUUUGUAAAUAAUAGGCUAUAACAGGAUCACUUUUAUUAGUCAAGUGUGGCGUAAAAUGCAUACCUUUCUUAAUGGCGUUAAGUAGAAGAAAAGUAGUUUCAGUUUUCACUUGGUGGCACCGUGCCGCUGUCACAUUCUUUGCAAAGGAACUCGAGUUAUUUAGGCCUGGCGCUUUUGGAGCUAAACUCAAUUAGGACUGUCUCGCUCCCCAGGUCCGUUACCCAAAACGCAUUACGAUACUGCGGGGGAACCACGAGAGCAGACAGAUCACACAGGUGUAUGGCUUCUACGACGAGUGCUUGAGGAAGUACGGCAACGCCAAUGUGUGGAAAUACUUCACAGACCUCUUCGACUAUCUCCCCCUGACAGCCCUGGUCGACGAACAGGUAACAAGUGCAUGAAGUGGCCUUAUUUUAUGUCAUGGGGUGCAUCCCUGAUGACACCCUAUUCUCUUUUAAAGUGAGCUACUUUUGACCAAGGCUCUGGUCAAAAGUAGUACACUAUAUAUAGAAUAUGGUGACAUUUGGGACACAGAUUGGACGUUGUGCUCAAGUUCAAAGGAAGCCUAGCUACAUAAUUAUGUGAUAUAACUCUUGUCAUUUACAUUUGGGCUACAUUAACAUUUUAGUUGUUUAGCAAACACUCUUAUCCAGAGCGAAUUGUCACGUAAGGGUAAAUCAACAUCUAUACUCUGUUUCUUCCUCUGCCUUAGAUCUUCUGCCUGCACGGUGGACUCUCCCCCUCGAUAGACACACUGGAUCACAUCCGGGCCCUGGAUCGCCUGCAGGAGGUUCCACACGAGGUCAGUGCUGCCUGCCAGAGGACGUUAGUAGUCAGCCCCGUCAACCACACAGACAGUGGGGGCUGGAUACUAGCUAUCUGUCAGCAGAGAGAGGGGCUGUCAGAUGGUAUGAGGUAGUGGGGUUGUCAUGAGGUCGUGUUGACCUACCAGUGUUGGAGACAAGCCCCGGGUCGUGUUCAGUAGGCACUAAACGGAGUAAAACGGGGAGGACGUAACUGGACUUGAGAAAUGCUUCGUUCCGUUAUUCCAUCUGUGAUUUGCUACGGUGGGCCCUAAUGAACAUGGCACUGGUCUCUGCUCAAGAGGUAGGCUAUUCAGGUUGUCACCCUUCCAAUGCAUCAUUGUCAUUGAGGGCUGCUGUCUUAUGACAAAUUAUUAGGAAUAUUCCCCUCCUUUGCAAUCCUACUGCCCAUAGAAUUACAUCAUUUAAUAGGAUCUCUGUGUUCAAGCCAUCCUAAAUUGGGUCAUAAUCCCCAUGUGUCAUUGUCAUUGAGGGCUGCUUUUGUUAAUGAUAUGUGUGUGUGUUUCAGGGGCCCAUGUGUGACCUGCUGUGGUCAGACCCAGAUGACCGCGGGGGCUGGGGCAUCUCCCCCCGAGGUGCCGGCUACACCUUUGGGCAGGACAUCUCGGAAACCUUCAACCAUGCCAACGGUCUUACCCUUGUGUCCCGCGCCCACCAACUUGUCAUGGAGGUAACCCCAGUUACGCUAUUAGUUUAGGCAGUUCAUGUUUAUGCUCAGUGUGUUUAUAUACUUGGUUGGUGUCAUUAGUAUUAAAGCAUGUGGCACAACUACAGUGAUUCUGGUAGUAAAAUACUUUACCUGUUAGAUAUUUACAUGAAUUAAUGGACUUCCAUGUAAAUGGAAAAUUAAGUUAUAGUAUCGUAUUUUGGGGGGGAGCAUAGAAUUUGAAUUCUACCAUGGAAAAGGCCAAUUUCUGAAUAUUUCAAAUGUUGUGGUACUACCAUUCUGUUCAUGGAACCUAAAGGUCAAGUAAGACUGCCCAGAGGGAAUUACAUUUGAGAUGUCAAAAUGAAUGGAUGUCACGGAUAGAGCAGAGGUAGCCUACACACGAGUUAGAUUGCUCUCCAUGUUUCCGUUGAUGAUUCAGCUGGAAGCUGCUGUGCUAGAGUUGAACCUGAAUCAAUAAUUCAAGAGCCUUCUGUACAGCGUUUUUAUUUAUAGUAUUAACCACUUCCAGCUUUAAAGUUAUUUACAGCUUCAAAUCUCUAUUUUUGAUGUAAAUUGCAUGUUAUAAAAGGGUUCAGGCACCCUUUUUGUGAUUACACUUGUAUUUUUAGAAACUUACCCCAAACAGCAAAUCACUUCCCCAUCCUUGUUGUGUAGUAUGGGGGCCUCGAAAUAACACCCAAAUACGCCCUUUUAGAAACGGCAAAGCUCUCAGUAUAGUGAUGCAGGUCAUUAGAUGUUGUGCACAUGAAAUUGUCAUUUUGAACUUUAUCCCAACCCUGUAUUCCCUUUUGUGCGACUCAAGCCGUUUCCCCUAUCCAGCUGUUCAUUUUCCAUGGUCCUAUGUAGCUCAGCUGGUAGAGCACGGCGCCUGUAACGCCAGGGUAGUGUGUUCGAUCCCCGGGACCACCCAUACACAAAAAUGUAUGCACUCAUGACUGUAAGUCGCUUCGGAUAAAAGCGUCUGCUAAAUGGCUUUAUUAUUAUUAUGUAGCAAGCUGCUACAGGUAACUGCCAAAAUAAAGGAAACACCAACAUGGUGUCUUAAUGGGGGCGUUGGGCCACCACGAACCGCCAGCGCCUUGGCAUAGAGAUUAAGUUUCUGGAACGUCCUUUGUGGAAGCACCCUAUGUUUUCAAUAUAAUCCUCAUUUUACUCAAGUGUUUCCUUUAUUUUGGCAAUUACCUGUAGAAUGGACGGAUAGGUAUCGCUCGAGUCGCAACAAAAUUGAAUAUAACGUUGCAGAGAAUGUUCAGAAUUACACCAUUUCAUGUGUAAAACAUUUAAAGCGCUGCAUCACGAUACUGACAGCUUCCAAAAGGACCUACAGUAUUUGGGUGUUUUUGGAGCCUUUGCUCAUAUUUUCAGGGCCCCCAUAUUACACAACGAGGAUGAGGAAGUGAUUUGCUGUUUUGGUAAUUUCUCCCCCCAAAAAGUGAAAUCACAAACAAGGUGCCUGGACCCUUCUAUAACAUGCCAUUAACCUCAAAAAUAGAGAUUUGGUUGUAAAAAAAAUAACUUAUCCGUUUAGGGAGGAGCAGGGGGCCUGUGCUUCGAGACUGGGGAUGCAUCCAAAAUGGCACCCUCUUCCCCAUAAAGCGCACUAUGUAGGGAAUAAGGUGCCAUUUGGGACGCAGCCUGGGAGUUAAUUUGGCUCAGUCAUUCUGCAUAAGAAUCCCAGGACCAGAAUAUAGAGUUCGAAAUAAAGCUGUGUACUGUCCGAAUGUAACUUUUUGUAGGAGUUUUGACUAACGAUUAGAAUAAGUGACUUGAGGUUCAACUUACUUUUUAACAUUUAUCAUUAGCAUACGUCUAUCCAGAGCACUUCAUUAGUAAUCAAAUUUUUUCAUACUGGUCCCGUGAUGAACCCACCCUGUGCAACGCCGAUGCUCUUCACUGGCUACGCGGCAUUUUCCCUCCCUACCGGACAACGCUAGCAUGUGCGCUGCCCAGAGUCUCACAGAGCCUGAUCGAACCAGAUUCGCACAACACUGCGAUGAGUCCUUAGUCCACUGCGCCACUCUUCACUAACGUGCGGUUGUCUUUUCCAGGCUACACUGGGUCUACCGAAACGUUGUCACCAUGCGCCAAACUACUGCUAUCGCUGUGGAAACCAAGCUGCCAUCAUGGAACUGGACGAUACUCUUAAAUACUCUUUGUAAGUGUCAUUUUGAGGUUAUCUGGAGUAGAUAUGUUGUACGUUUGAGUCUCUAAGACCAGGGGAACUCAAAUGAGUAUUACUGAGAACAAGCAAUAUGCAGUAGCUGUGUCACUGCAGGUGCUUUUUCAGUGCAGUGUACUUCAAAGUAACUGUCAUUGUCCCUAAUUGGAACUGCUAUAUUCAGCACCAAAAACUUUGCUUCACAACUGGCAUUUAUAAAUUGAGUUAUACAUUCCAUUAACACAUGAGUUUCUAUCUAAAAAUGCCUGUUCUGUAAAUGGUCUCAAUUGGAGUCAUCCUAAUGUUGCAUUUCCUGUCCUCCUCCAGCCUUCAGUUCGACCCUGCACCUCGACGCGGAGAGCCCCACGUCACCCGCCGUACCCCCGACUACUUCUUAUAA